AUGCGGCUCGAGACAACCAGCCACUUUCAACGCAGCCAUGUCGAAACAUCGAAAUCCCUCGUAGGCACAAUAAACGAGCUCAACGCUCACUCGGUUGCGCUGGCCGCGGCGCUGGCCGAGCAAAAGCCCAACCCUUGGUCGCGAAACAUGAUGAAACUAUAUGUCAUUAUGGGAUUGGGCUACCUCAUAUCGACCAUGAACGGCUAUGACAGUUCGCUUAUGGGCUCCAUCAACGCCAUGAUCCCAUAUCAAGAGACAUUUGGCCUUGACGGGGCUGGUUCCUCAACUGGAAUGGUCUUCAUCAUUUAUAACCUCGGUCAAAUCGCCGCCUUUCCCUUUUGUGGACUCCUUGCCGACGGUUAUGGCCGACGUUGGUGCAUCUUUGUGGGAUGCCUCGUCGUGGUCAUUGGGACUGCAGUUCAAGCCACAGCCAAUUCCCUGGGACAUUUUAUUGGCGGAAGGUUUAUUUUAGGGUUUGGAGCGUCUAUUGCCUCUGCUGCAGGCCCCGCCUACACCGUGGAGCUCGCGCAUCCGGCGUAUCGCGGCUUCAUGGCUGGCAUGUACAAUAACCUCUGGUGGCUUGGCAAUAUCAUCGCUGGCUGGGCUACUUAUGGCUCCAACUUGCACUUCACUUCGUCGUGGGCGUGGAGAGUUCCAACCAUUGUGCAAGCUGGAAUGCCCGGCGUUGCCAUGCUGGUGAUUCUGUUUUUCCCUGAAUCCCCACGCUGGCUCAUCUCCCAAGACCGUACCGAAGAGGCUCUUCAGGUCAUGGCAAAGUACCAUGGUGACGGGGAUGUCAAUCAUCCUGUCGUGCAGUUGCAAUACCGGGAGAUUGUUGAACAACACAAUAUGUAUCGAACCGAGAAUCCUUGGUGGGACUACCGCGAAUUAGUCAACACCAGAGCCGCUCGUUAUCGUCUAGCAAUGGUCAUCGGAAUGUCUUUCUUCGGCCAGUGGUCGGGAAAUAACGUUGUUUCGUACUUUAUGCCUGAGAUGAUCAAGUCGGCUGGCAUCAAGAGCACGAACACACAACUCCUAAUCAACGCUAUCAAUCCUAUUUUUUCCAUGAUGGGGGCAAUUUACGGUGCAUCGCUCUUGGAUAAACUUGGACGCAGACCGAUGAUGCUUUGGGGAUUGACAGGUGCAUUAAUUUCAUACAUUUUCCUCACAGCCUUCACAGCCAACACCGACAAACAUCCCAACCUGGCUUACGGAGUCAUUGUUGCCAUUUACAUCUUUGGCAUUUUCUUUGCUUGGGGCUUUACACCACUUCAGACUUUGUAUGCGGUGGAAUGUCUGGAGAACCGAACCCGUGCGAAAGGCUCAGGCCUCAACUUCCUCUUCCUCAACAUUGCCAUGGUGGUCAACACUUGGGGUAUCAGCGAAGGCAUCAGGAAGCUGGGGUGGAAGCUCUACGUCAUCUACAUUGUUUGGAUUGGUAUUGAAAUGGUCAUCAUCUAUUUUUGGUUUGUAGAGACUGCAGGGAAGACUUUGGAGGAGUUGAGCGAAGUGUUUGAGGCCCCGAACCCCAGGAAAGAAAGCACCAAGAAGCACAAGGUGGAGGUUGACGCCAGCGGGAGGGUUGUACACACGAAGGAUACUCAAGUUUAGUUUAGUGUGCCUUGCUAUCUACGAAGACAUUGUUUCAAGGUAGACUAACCAUUUUGUUCAAUAUUCUCAUCGGAUAAGGUGGGCCUCUGAUUGGGGUGUCUGAAGAUUAAUAUAAUAAACUAG